AUGUCUGCCACGACUACUUCCUCCGGGGGAACUCGGGUGAAACCUUUAGUCAUCGUCGGUCCAUCGGGCGUCGGGAAAGGUACUCUGAUUGAAAAACUGAACAAAAAUCACCCGAAUUCGUUCGGGUUUAGCGUCUCGCACACGACCCGGGACCCGCGACCUGGGGAGGAAAACGGCGUCCACUAUCACUUUGUCGAAAAGUCUCUCAUGGAACAGGAAAUCGCCGACGGAAAAUUUCUGGAACACGCGAACGUCCACUUAAACAUCUAUGGCACCUCCUUCAAAGCCGUCGACGACGUCGCGUCCAAAGGCGUUUGCUGCAUCCUCGACAUCGACAUCCAAGGCGCGGAAAUCGUCAAAAACAGCGGCAAAUUGGACUGCGCGUACGUCUUCAUCCAACCGCCCUCGAUUCCCGAACUCGAGCGGCGCUUGCGCGGUCGCGGCACCGAAACCGAAGAAGCCGUCACGAAACGCAUGCAAAACGCGACGAAAGAAAUCGAAAGAGGUGAAAAGUUAGGGAGCGCGUUUUUCGACGCCAUCAUCGUCAACGACGAUCUCGAUUCGGCGUACGAAAAGUUGAAAGACGUCGUCGUUCGACGAAUUUUUACUCCCGCGUAA